ACAGACCAGCGGCAAACUCGUGUGUUUGUGUGCGUGUGAGAAAGUAAGCUUUGAAUCACAGCACACAGUAAGAGUAGGUCUCAGUGCCGAAGUCACUGCUGCGGCUGUUUAACGGCUUUCUAACUGCGAGCUGGAGCUGUUUUAGCGAGAGGCUAACUCCCCGCGUGAAGUGGACCCAGUGGAAAUAAUCGAGUAAUUUAAGUUUGUGUGCUUGGAUGUAAUGGCAGAACUCCCAUCUGGACUGCUGGAGGCGUGUGUCGUGGUUGGAGCCCACAGUGAUAAGAUUCGAGAUAUACACCAGCUUCAUCAGCAGGGUAAAUUAAAUGAACUCCCACUGCUGGAAGCUGAGGUGCUGCAGGUCCAUGCCCCGCCUUUUGUUUCCAAAGAGACUAACUCAAGCCAGGUGAUUGGUCCAGCUUUCAGCCGUGUCCAGAGGAGAAGGAGCUUCAUUAAAAAGAAGAGGCGAGAUCGUGCUCCAGAGGCACUGUCUAAUGGAGAAGGAGCUAAUCGUGCUGAAGUGUCGUCAACAACAGAGGACAUCAGCGUUCCAAAGGAUUUGGAUCUCAUUGCUUUGCCAGAACUAUGUUUCCCGGGUGGUCUUGAGUUAGCCAGUGAGCAGAGAGAAGACAGUUAUCACUUCCUGGUUUUUACUGAUCUGUUUGGGAACCGAACCCAUGGAGUUGUUGCACAAUUCUACAGACCUGUGCCGGCCUGUCAGGAAGGUGUGCUCCAGAAUGGCCACAGACGAAACUCAACGAAAGCACGUUUCUACAUAUCCUUUGCUGUGUGUGUCAUCUCCAAGUUCCCCUACUACAAUGCCCUGAAAGACUGCUUGUCAUGUCUCCUGGUCCAGCUGCGACCCGCAAGACAAGCUGAGUUUGAGGAGACAGUGAAGGAGUUUUCAGCCAAGCUGUCCCUUGUGCCUUUACCGCCUCCUGGACAGCUGCAUGUGUCUUUUAGUCUUCGUCCUCUCCAAGUAUAUCUUCCAUCAAGGGAGGAUCAUGACAGCCCUGUUAUUGACAUCAAUCUACAUCUACCUUUCCUCUGUUUCACUCACACCGUACUGCUCCAGGUGUUGUCCUGCCUUCUCCAAGAGCAAAGGCUGGUCUUUUUCUCAUCUGACUGGGCCAGACUCACUCUCAUUGCAGAGUGUCUGCUGUUGUACCUCCAGCCUCUGUCCUGGCAGCAGCCUUAUGUUCCUGUCUUGGCCAGAGGAAUGUUGGACUUCCUCAUGGCUCCCACUGCGUUCCUCAUGGGCUGUCACAUCAGUCAUUUUGAAGAGAUUGCUGCAGAGACAGAGGACUUAAUUCUUGUGAACAUAGAUGAUGGCACCAUUCAGACGUCUUGGUCUGAAACAGUCAACCUGCCUGUUAUCCCUCUGGCUGCAGCGGAGAGUUUCACAUCAAGGGCAGAGAGUCUGCAGCUUCACUUUGACUUGGAGCUGUGCCACCUCAGCGCAGGCACUGAUGUCAAUGCCCUGCGAUCUCAACGCAGAGACUGGCAGAGACAGCUCAACACACAGAUACAAAACAUUGCCUUAGAAUUGGUGGUCAACAUCUUCAGAGGGGUGCAGGACUUUCUAAGCCAUGAGCACAGGGUCUUUAACAGCGAGGAAUUUCUGAGAACGAGGGAACCAGCAGACCAGCUGUUUUACCAAAAGGUAUUAGAAACUCACAUCUUCCACUCAUUCCUGCGAGACCGGCUGAACAGGAAAUGGGAUGCCUUCAGCCGCAUGGAGCAGAACACACGUAAUCUCAUGCCCAGGAAUCGUGGAUUGACAGUGUCUCCCCGGCGUCCUCCUAUGUCUGAAUUAUCCAGGUCUGGCUACAGAAGCUACGCCCCCCCUGAGAACAAGCUGAGCAAGAAGCUGGGAGCCAGCCUGCCUAAUCUGUUGCAGCCUUCCAGUGACACUUUGACCGUCAUCAGUUCCAACAGAUCACUCUGCAGGAAGAUGACACCUGAUAUUGGUUUAAAGUCCCCCAAGAAGGCAGUGAAGGUUUUCCGUCUUCCAGAGUUCCCUCCUCCGUUGGCCUAUCAUUAUGUCCAGAACUAUUAUUCUGACAUGAUUGCUUCACUGGGGAAAUCUAUUAAUGCUACACCACCUGAGGAAUCCUCUCUACUGGCCAGGUAUCAUUAUCUGCGUGGCUUGGUAAACAUUGUGUCUAACAAGCGUAUUGAUGCGUUAGAGGACUUCCAGAGUCUUUAUAAGACCGACUCGGAUAUUUUUCCUUCUCAGAUGGUUAAGUCCUUGGUUGACUCCCUGCCAGACGUUGAACGCUUACAGGUGGACAAAAGAGCUGAGCUAAAACGGCUUAUCAGUCGGCUCAAAAGGGACCAGGAGCGGGAAAGCGCUCACUGCGGAAACGGGCAAGAGGAAGGUGCUAUAAAGCGCUUCGAGCUGCCAAAAAAAUACAUGCAGCUCGAGGAAUUUGUGAAAUGUGUCCAGGAGUCUGGCAUUGUAAAAGACCAAGGAACCAUUCAUAGACUCUUUGAUGCUCUAACUGUAGGUCAUCAGAAGCAGGUCAGUCCAGAUUUAUUCAGAGUGUUUUACACCAUCUGGAAGGAGACUGAGGCUGAGGCACAAGAGGUAUGCCUGCCAGCAUCUGUUUUGGAGCACAUUGAGGCCAGCGAAUGUGUCUUCAAGGUGUCAUCUUCGGUCAAGACAAGCCGUGGUGUGGGAAAAAUUGCCAUGACUCAGCGACGUCUCUUCCUGCUCACCGAUGGACGGCCAGGAUAUGUGGAGGUGGCACAGUACAGAGAUUUAGAGGAGGUAAAGGUUUCCUCGGCUCCCUUCAUGCUCCUGCGAAUCCCGAGCCUGAAGCUGCGUGUUCGGGGAAGGAAAGAGGCUUUUGAGGCUAAUUUGAAAACAGAGACUGAACUUUGGAACUUGAUGGUCAAAGAGAUGUGGGCCGGGCGCUUCACAGCUGACCAGCACAAGGAUCCCCAGUACAUGCAGCAAGCUCUGACCAAUGCCUUAUUAAUGGAUGCUGUAGUGGGCAGCCUUCAGAGCAGCAAGGCCAUCUACGCUGCUUCUAAGCUGGCUUACUUUGACCGCAUCAAGAUGGAAGUCCCGAUGAUGGUUCCCAAGACAACUGCAGAGACACUAAAACACAAAAUUAACCCUUCGCUGGAACUUGCUGCACCUCAGGCUGUGCAUGUACUUCUGUAUACACCAGGUCAGUUAUGGGUAUCUGUGAGUAAGGGGAAGGUGAUGGUGUUUGAUGCCUCCAGCUGGUCUCUCACACACACCUGCCAUGUUGGUAAUGCCAGACUGAACUGCAUGUUGGAAGUUGACAAAGACCAGGUGUGGGUGGGCUCUGAGGACUCUGUUAUCUACAUCAUCAGCAUAGUGGCCAUGGUCUGUAACAGACAGCUGACCGAACACAGGGCUGAGGUCACCGGACUGGCAGUCGACAAAGGCAAAUACGGCCACAAGGUGGCGUACUCCUGUAGCGCAGAGGGGAGCAUCAUGGUGUGGGACGUCUCCACCCUGCAGGUGAGGAAGUACUUCCGCCUCUCCUGUGACCGUCUGCAGUCUGUUUGCAGCUACAGUGGAAUGCUCUGGUGUUGCUCCAGGGAAAGUAUAAUGGAGGUGUGGAAGAAUGGUUCAAUAAAAUGUCGCAUGAAUUUACCAGAACAGCAAAAAGGCUCCACAGCUGCAUUCAGCUGUGCCCUGCACUUACCAGAGAGGGAGGAGCUGUGGAGUGCUUGUGCAGAUUCUGGAGAAGUGUGUAUUUGGCAUAUUAAAGACACCAGCAAACCGUUCUACUGCAUCAGUCUACAGGACUGCACUGGAUGCUACUGCAUGAUUAAAGUUAAAAACCAGGUGUGGGUUGGCGGCAUGGGUCGCAGUUCAACCAAAGGGAAGGUUUACAUCCUGGACACGGAGCGGUACCAGGUCCUGAAGGAGCUUCACGGCCACACUGACAAAGUGAUGGCACUGUGCUCAGCCGAGGACCGCUAUGUCCUCAGUGGAGCUGGAAAACAUGAUGGGAAGAUCGCCAUCUGGAAGGUGGAGUAAAGAGGCUGAAGGACUGAACUUAGGAACAUUUUAGAGUGUGAGUUCUUAUUGAAUUUGAUGAAGGGAAAUAAAGGGAAGAUCCAUAUUUGGACAGCACAGCAGGGAGAAAAAAAGAUCUGCAUCACCAGGAUAUGAAGGAGUCAAGUGGAGCAAAGAGUUUACAUGAAGUCCGGUCUUUUAUGAAGUUAAGAUUAGAAAUACUAACAACUUAUUUUAUAGUUUUUAAUGAAGUAAAAAUUCAGACUGAAAAGGGGAAAGUGAGAUUGUGUUCUUAUGGAUAAUUUUUCAAUCCAGGGUGCACCAGAGUUCACUUUAAUGAAGGUUUUUAUACAUUUAGUAUUUACACAAGAAUAAUCACACAGUGUGUGACUGAGCCUCACCUCCAGCUGUGUUUUUGACGUGAAUGUCUGCAGCUCAGAGGAGUCAAACUACCCUGAAAACAAAACUGUGGUUGGAGAUUUCACAAUCGCUGUGGGAAAGCCCCAACAGAAGAUUUAUUUUGAUGGAAGUGAUGCUUUAACGGACAGGAAAUAUGAUAAUAUACGAUGAUGGGAACUGGACUUGUGAUCUACACUAGGUGUGGGUGUGAGGAUCUGCAAUAACUGGAAUGUGUUUGAACACAGAUGAUCAAAUAAGGGCUAUCUGUGCAAUACGUCUACUAUAAGUGAGAUAUUUUUCUCAUUGUUAGACAAAUUUUUUUCUUUUUCUUUUGUUUUGUUUGUUUUUGUAGUUUAUGCAAAAACCAACUGGACAGUUUUCAUUAAAGUUGCCAAGUAGGUGGGACAUGGGCAAAUUAAGAAACCUGUUAAAUUUUAUGACUGGAUUUUGAGCUCUGACCUGUAGGUCUGAGUUGGAGGUGUGUUUAUGUGUUUAACUUCUGCCCCAAAUACAGUGCGUGAGAUAACACGACCCCCACCCACCCCCUUGGUCUGUUAUUGCCAAUCAAAUUCAGCAGCAAAUUAAAAAAUUAGGUUACAAUUCUCUGAUCGAGCAGCUGACUUGGGACUUCAGCAUUAGACCUCAAGCAUGCUUAGUAUAUGGGGGCUUCUAGUUUCUAUUUAUAUUAACAAUUUAACAGGUUUUUCAAGAAAAUGAACCAACGAAAAAGUCAAAAUUCCUGUCCACACAGUGCAUUACAGAUAUUAAACACCCUGAUAUUUAUAAAGUUAAAGUUAAAAGCUAUAAAAAGUUUCACACACAUUAAAAUGUAUUUAUGUUCCCUGAUGUUUGUGUUCUGUACAUUUUAUGAUGGUUUUUAACUAGACGUCACUAUAACAGUAGCAUUACAUGUAUUAAAAUAGUGGACCGUGUCUCACACAUAUAGAGAACAUUAAGAUUUUGUAUUAUACUACUAAAGGUCAGUGUCACCAUCAGGAUACUUUUGGUUCACAAAACUAUUUUUACAUUUUGGAGACAGUUUCAUCUGAGGUUCAAACUGAGGGUUAAACUUAUCUUUUAUUACUGUAUUUAUACACUGUAUAUAACUGGGAGACAUGAUAUUGUAUAUCAACCUAAUGACAACUCAGCCAUUAUAUUUAUACUUUUGUGACAUUUGCUUUUGUCUUUAUAUAAAAAAAUGUACAUAUUCUCUUUUAU